AUGUCCUUUAAGCCGCACGACGAGGGCCUUGCGCCGGGCCUCAUUGAGGCCCGCGAGAAGGAAAUCAUGGACGAAAUCGACAAGCUUAUCGACAAGAAGCUGUACUUUGCCCUGGCCCGGAUCAUCCCCAGCGACCCGAAUGCUGCCCGCAUCGUCGACGACCCCGAGAUCAAAGAGCAGGCAGACAACCUCAAGACCGCGGUCGCUGCCGUCGUGGAGAGGCACGAGAGCAUCAUCUCCACGAUUGCCAAGUCGAAGAAGGACAAGGACAACGAUAAGCCAGUAUGA